AGAGCUAGCGCGGGGGCGGCGGGGGCGGAGGCGCUGGGGCCCGCGGCCGCUGGCUGCCGCUGCUGCGCCUUCUCUCCUGGCUAGCAGCAACCUGAGAGUCACUCGCGUCGCCUCCUGGGCUCUCUCCAGCUUCCCUGGGCCCGGCAGAGCCUUGCAUGUGGUCCGUGCGCCGAGCUGAGCUCUUCCCCGCGCGCUGUGUCCAGCUCCAGCUCCAGCUCCAGAUCCCACUCCCGUACGUGCGUAGCCGCCAGAGGAGGUGGACCAGGGGCAAUCGGUGCUUUGUCCUGGGGGCCGGUCCGGACUGAGGGAGCCAUGCCCCGGCGGAGUAUCGUGGAGGUGAAAGUCCUGGACGUGCAAAAGCGGCGAGUGCCCAACAAGCAUUAUGUCUAUAUCAUCAAAGUUACUUGGUCCAGUGGUUCCACUGAAGUUAUUUAUCGACGGUACAGCAAAUUCUUUGACCUACAGAUGCAAAUGUUGGACAAAUUUCCUAUGGAAGGAGGUCAGAAGGACCCAAAACAGAGGAUUAUUCCCUUUCUGCCAGGCAAAAUUCUCUUCAGAAGAAGCCACAUCAGAGAUGUGGCUGUCAAACGCCUGAUCCCCAUUGAUGAAUACUGUAAGGCCCUGAUCCGAUUGCCACCCUAUAUUUCUCAGUGUGAUGAGGUACUUCAGUUCUUUGAGACAAGACCUGAAGAUUUGAAUCCCCCCAAAGAGGAACAUAUUGGGAAGAAGAAAUCUGGGGGAGACUCAGCUUCGGUAGAUCCAAUGGUCCUGGAGCAAUAUGUGGUGGUGGCAGAUUACCAGAAGCAGGAAAGCUCAGAGAUCAGCUUGUGUGUGGGCCAGGUAGUGGACAUCAUUGAGAAGAAUGAAUCAGGUUGGUGGUUUGUAAGCACUGCUGAUGAGCAGGGCUGGGUCCCUGCAACUUGUCUAGAAGGUCAGGAUGGUGGCCAGGAUGAAUUUUCUCUGCAACCUGAAGAUGUCUCUUGGAGAUACUGGUCUUUGCCCCGGCACGUGGGUCGCCGUCGGACACUUGGGGACUUGUACACCAUUGGAUGGGGUCAAGAGGAGAAAUACACCGUCAUUUACCCAUAUACUGCUCGAGACCAGGAUGAAAUUAACUUGGAGAGAGGGGCCAUGGUGGAAGUUAUCCAGAAAAACCUAGAGGGCUGGUGGAAGAUCAGGUUUCAAGGUAAAGAGGGCUGGGCACCUGCUUCCUACCUAAAAAAAGGCAGUGGAGAGCUAUUCGCUCAGAAACUAAGUUCUGGGUCACCAGCCCAUUCGUGUACUGUUGAUGUGGAUGGCAUUUCCCGGCAACAGAACUCAGCAGGCAGAGAGAAGGAUGUACUCAACAACCAAAGAGAUGGAAGGUUUGACAGUCGCACAGGCCUGGACAGUGACAUCAAGCAAAGAUCUCCAAAGAUGAGACAGAGACCUCCUCCUCGAAGAGACAUGACUAUACCUCGAGGUCUGAACCUGCCAAAACCCCCUAUCCCACCCCAAGUAGAAGAGGAAUAUUAUACCAUUGCUGAGUUCCAGACAACUAUUCCUGAUGGAAUCAGUUUCCAGGCAGGACUGAAAGUUGAGGUGAUUGAAAAGAACCUAAGUGGCUGGUGGUACAUCCAAAUAGAUGAUAAGGAAGGCUGGGCCCCAGCAACAUUCAUUGACAAGUACAAGAAAACGAGCAAUGCCUCAAGACCCAACUUCUUAGCUCCACUGCCUAAUGAAAUGGCACAGCUUCGCCUGGGGGAGGUCAUGAUGGAGAACCACACCUGCCACGAAGCAGCUGGCCCCUCUCGGCCUUUGCCUGAAGCACCACAUAAUGGCAUGGACUGUGGCAUUCCUUGGUCCAAAGAAUGGAAGGGUAAGGAGGGCCCUCGGAAUGUCUCUUUAGAUAUGGCUGCUUCAGCCGGGUAUGAGGAAAUCUCUGACCCAGACCUGGAGGAGAAGCCCAGCCUCCCCCCACGGAAGGAGUCCAUCAUCAAAUCAGAAGGGGAACUGCAAGAGAGAGAGCGGCAAAGGAUGGAGCAGCUCAGAGGAUCCCCCAAGCCUCCUGGCAUGAUCUUGCCCAUGAUUCCACCAAAGCACAUGCCCCCACCUCGGGACAACAAGAAAGCAGAGCUGAAAUCAGAUAAGAGUAAACUGUUCCAGCAGAAAAAUGAGAUGGGGCUGGAGUGUGGACAUAAAGUGCUGGCCAAAGAAGUAAAGAAGCCAAACCUGCGCCCCAUCAUCAAACCUAAAGCCGAACAGCCGGAAGAUAAACCUGAGUCUUUUACCCAGAACCCCUUCUUGAAGUCUAAACCUCAGGUUAGACCAAAACCAGCUUCUUCACACAGGACAGAGCCACCUCAAGCUGAGGACAGAUUGGACAUCUGCAACCUCAGGAGCAAGCUCCGACCUGCUAAGUCUCAGGAGAAGUCAUCAGAAGAGGAGAAUCAUCACCCAAGUGGAACUCAGGAUGUCUCUUUCAGCAACAGUUUGCUCUCAGGGGAGGUUUCCAGCAGGCCUCUGGAGCGAGCCAUGGUAGAUACCAAAAUCACAUCUAAACAGGACAGUCUCACAGCAAAGGACAUUUCUUCUAAAGUACCCCUGAGGCCAGCAAAGGUGACUGAUACCACACCUAAGAGUAGCCCUCCCCCUUCCAAAGAGUCACCACAGCAGAGACCAGUAGUACCUCCUCGGAGGCCACCACCUCCCAAGAAAACCUCCUCCUCUUCCAGGCCCCUUCCUGAAACCAAAGUGCCACAUCGAGAGGCGAAUGAAGUCAAAGCUGCUCCAGCUCUUGGCCGACCUAUGCUGGUCCCUCCAAAGGCCAAACCUUUCCUACCUGGUCCAGGAGGCCAAGAAGAAGUCAAAGCAAAAAGUGGGUUUGGGCCAAAAGCAGCAACCAAGUUAGGAGAAGUGAGGGAGAAGCCAGCUGCUGUACCUUUCCCCACUUCAGAAGUCCCCAAAGAUACAUUAUAUGUGGCUAUGGCCAAUUUUGAAGGGGAUGAGGAAACCAGUGGCUUCCAGGAGGGAACUGUGUUUGAAGUACGUGAAAAGAAUAGCAGUGGCUGGUGGUUCUGUCAGGUCCUAAGUGGAGCGCCUUCUUGGGAAGGCUGGAUUCCUUCCAACUAUCUAAGAAAGAAGCCAUAGUUCUCACUGUCAUUGUAGAAUCCAUCCCGCCAAGAUUUCCAUGGGUUUCACCUGGGUAUUUAAUUAGCUUCUUAACUUAUCAUUUUCUACAAGGCUUUAAAAGGAAAAGAUUCCAGAGCGCAUUGGGCUUUCUCUUGAUUCCUAAGCAGGAAUGAUCAUGAAGAGUCCAUCCCCCCUAGCCUCAAUGCUGUUUAAUUCAGUUCCUUGGCAGUCAUCCCGCUUGUAGGAGAUUCAGUCCAUUUUCAGUGAUAGUCUCCAGGCCAAUUGGCCAACUCUGAUCCUUUUCUUCAGCAUUUUCAUCUGUAAUAUGAGGGGGUUGGAUGCAACCAAGAUCUCUUCUAAAUGUUUUCAAUUACCUAUAGAAAUUACUGCAUUAAGUGGUAAAAAUGGGUUCCUAUUGGACCAUGAACAGCUAUUUAUCCAGUAGCUCUCACAUGGCAUCCAAGAACCGGAGCUCCUUUUCCCUAGAGCAUGCUGGUGUUCAGAAUGUAAUUAGAAAAGGCACUGAGAUACCAGACCCCACAGCAGAUCUAGAAAUUUCUCUGAGCAUCUAAAAGAUAAUCAGCCUUGAUCAGAUAUGAAGCCAGGCCCAGUGUCCCAGGAUAGGCCUUUCUAUGAUUCCCCUUUUGCAUGACCCAAGUUCACCUUCUCCAUUUAACCUUUUCUCAAAGCCACUCAUUCCCAUUUUUGUUGUUUGCAGAAAUACCUGCUGCCACGGGGGUCUGUGUGCUUUCUCUAAUCUUAACAGGUCUUCCCUUCAUUAAGGUUAUGGUCAUUUGUGACUUGAUGAGAAACAGUCUUUACUCACAUGCCAUGGAAGUAUAAGAGGACAAGGACAGAAGUCUGCUAAACCUGCCUUUUUUUUCUUUUUUUGUUUUUGUUUUUGCACUCUUGAGAAAACUUUAUAUCCUAAAAGAGUGAUUCCUAUCUUAAAGUAGCACAGCAUUCAGUACAUGCUUUGGACAUUACUUCAUCCCAGGGUUAUCUAGAACUAGUAUAAGUCACUUUUUUCUUUCAGUGUGGUGCUAAUCAUUUAUGGGAACAUAAACGGAGUGAUCCAUUCUAAUUGGGGAAUAGAAGAAUGAAGGCCCAAAAUAGGAAUUGACUGCUGGCUGAUGGAAGCUAGGGCAGUGGAGCCAUUUGGCUCCCAAAAGCUACGAGAAAGGGGCUCUGUUCUAAAUGUUCCUGCUUCUACACAACCUUCCUCUUCCCCCACCCCAUCACUUUCUCUACCUACUACUACUACUUUUUUUCCUGAAUGUUUUUCUCAGUAUCUCAUCCUGAGUGUUCCUUAGGAUUCCAGAAGGAAUUGUUAUAUGUUAAGUCCACAGAAACUCAUUUUUUAAAUGGAGGCAACUAAUCAUAGCUUAGUGAUGUAGCUGCUAGAAUCCCACAAUACUGGUAAAGAGAAAGGCAGUGAUUCAGUAAGAACUGCAGCAGUUGGUGGAGGCUGGGGUUAGAGAGAAGACAUAAGGGAAGCUCCUGAAUGACUAUUCUCAUGAAUCACCAACUCAUGGCCCCAAUCAUCAAUGAAUACAUUCUCAUUAAGUGCCUACUUUGUGCCAUGCAUUAUGCUAGGGGCUGGGAGGAUAAAGGCCAAAUGUAAUGGUCCUUAUCCUUAAGGAGCUUAUGUUCUGUUGAGAAGUCAAUAUGUACAAAGAAAAGUAUAUAAAUAAAAUAUAAGGUAAUUAAAAGGGUAUGGUGAUGGUGCUAGUAGCUAGGGAUAUUAGGAAAGAUUUCCUGUAAGAGAUAGCAUUGAGCUGAACUUUAAAGGAGAGGAGAAGGGAUGCUCAGAGGUAGAGGCAGGUGAAAGUUGCCAUUUAUUCAGUCCGUUGGAUAGUGACAAGAGCUAAACACCAGUAAGACUGCCUCUCACUAAUUCUCUGCUUUUCUCCACAUCUGUUAAGUAUCUGAAUUUUCCCAAGUGUUUUUGCAUCUCACUUGGUCCUCACAACCUUGUGACUUAAAUUGGGCAAUGCUUAUUUCCCCACUAGGCAGAUGAAUCACAGAGUCACACUUGGUUGAUAUCACCCAGCCAAUUUGUGAACUAACCAAGAUGAAAACUGAAGCACCCUAAUUGGUAGUUAGAAGCCGGAUUGUCUCAGCUAAAAGAAACCAGGACUAAGCAGUAUAAUUUUGUGGGGAAACUCAUAAGUUUGGAAUCAGGCAACCUGGUUUGUAUGCCUCAGUUUCCUCAACUGUAAAAAUGAAGGUUGGACUAGAUGAUCUUUAAGGUACCUUCCAACUCUAAGGUUAUGAUCCCAUGAUCUCCUGUGGAAGAACAAAAGGGGCAAGUGCCUACAGGUGUUACAUUACAAGAAGCAAGAAUGCACUUUCCUUCCUUAGGCUUGUUUCAAGGAAGAAGCCAGCUCUAGACUACCCCUUUCACUGUGUUAAUGUCCCAUUGUCUUGGAAAAAUAGCUCCUCAUACACAUUCUAGAUUAGAAGGUUUAUUGGUACAAAUGUCCUUCUCUCAUCCUUAAUACCUGUGGAUAUAUUGCUUUGUUGAAGAAGUGGCCUUUAAAGGCCCUUGGAGAGGAAAAAGACUAAUGCAUGUUUAUCUUAUGUCUGUUAUUCAUCCCUUCCUCUAAAGGAUGAGUAGCCCUGGGAACCUACCACCUAGUGCCCUGGGAUUAAUAGACGAGUAUUUCUCCUAUUUCUGAUUGGCCCCCUCUAACAGUAUCCUCAGAAAACACUUUUGUAGAUAAUUAGCAAGGUUGAUGAGUGGAAUAAUCUUAGCAAGCCUGAGCACCCAGAUCCCCUCUGUCAUUUCUGGGACCCUGCUUCUUAGAGAAAAACCUUAAGUUUUUUAGUGUUGAGCCAAUAUGUUCCUUUUGCUUUACAUGAUGCUUUCCUGAAUUUGGCUUCAUUUGGGAAAGAAAAAAGCACAUAUUUUGUUUCAGGCUUGCUUCCUAGUUUCAUUCAUCCAUUCACCUAAUAUUUACUGUGUUCUUAUUAAAUACUAAGCACCAUGGCAGAUGCAUUUGUGCAUAAGACUGAAAUUCUUGGCCUUAAGCAUUUUUGAGGUUUCCACCAAUCUAAAGUGAUUUGACUUCCUGUCACAGUCAUUCUGCAGCUGGUGUCUGUUCAAGGACAACUGGACCGCCUUCCUUUUCAUCUGUGUUCUAGGGAUCUCAUUGCAAAUUGAAGUUGUUGCACUGUUUGGUGAUCCCUCUCGCUGGUGUCAGCUAUAUCAGAAACCACAUUUCCUUACUUUCUGCAGCAGCCUUUCAGUUUGUUUCACUGUUGGAUACUAUCCUAACCAGGUGAAAAUAAGAGUUGUUCUGUGGUCUGAUGCCGUAACAGAUAUUUCCCACUCUUGUUUGGUGAUGUGUUUACAUAAUCCAUUGGGGAUAUUGCAAUAAUUUCAAAGAUCUGUGACUUAAGGUGGUAUGGGUACCCCUCUAUUAACACUGAUUCUGUCACUUCUCUGACUGGAAGAUGUUCUUCAUGAGUUGCCAUAGCUGAAAAAUCCACCAUGCUCCAGUGUUCUGAGUAAUGAGUUUCUUGGAACACAGCAAAGCCAGUCUUCAGAUCAAAGACAUUCAUUCUGUUGGCAAGCAUCUUUGUGACUAACACUGCAGAAAUUGGUCAGCAGUUGACUCAAAUUUCAGUCUUAAUUUUAUUGUGAAAGUACUUUUUGAAGGGCUAUCAGCAAUAUUUUUUAUAUUUUUUUGAACUUUCAUCUUAUAGACAUUAAAUAUUCUCUAUGCCAUCCCCAAUAAGGUCAAAGACAGGUUAGCUGCUUGCAUAAUCUGAUAGCCUGCUCUGAACCAAAAUUCCAAGCUAAAGGCCAACCCAAGAGGCAAAGAAAUAUGAUUGGAUUUUUGUAUUGCUGUUUACCAUACUAUAUCAAAUCCUUAAUUUCAAACCACCUGUGCUAAUACCUCUUGGGGUAAAUCUCUAUCACAGAACAACCAAUUUCUCUUAUAGCCUCAAAUCCUAAUAAUACCUUUUGGACAAGAAUAUUUUCCACAGUAAAUUGUAUUCCCAAGCAAUGUUUUUAAACUUAGAAUCCAAUAUCUGAAUUCAAAUUACUGCUUUGUCACUUACUACCCAAGUGGCAUUGAACAGCUCGUUUAACUUCUUUUGGCCUCAGUUUCCUUCUUUGUAAAAAAGAUAACAUUGGAAUAGAUGUUCCUCAAGGUUCUUCCAGCUCCAAAUCUAUGAUUCUAUGACCCUAUCACCACCUCCUUUAAAGAGAAUUGUACCUUCUCCUUGCAUAAGCUAUUUCUUUUAGUGUUUUUAGGGCACUGGAAAAUAUCAAAAGAGCUCCGCAUUAGACAGAUCUGUAAGAAAUACUAAACUGGAUGUUGCAGUAGGGACUCUUCCCAUUUGCCUCAUUUGUAAUUUUCAAAGUGGAACUCUUAGAUUUAAAAUAUUCCUGAGUGUAUAGGGCAAAAAUAGUCUAUUUAUGAUUCUCUUACAAAUAAAACUUAAAAGAUGUUUCAAGAACUCUCCACCAGAAAACCAAUGAAAGUUGGAAAACCUUUUGCCAUAAAGUUUAUUUUGAAAAGAUCAUGCCACAAAUCACAUAGGCAUGAUAGUGGCAGUCAUGGUUCUUAGCCAAUCUGCCACUCCAUGGUAGCCAGUGAGUGUUUUGUCCUCCUGGUCACUACAGAAGUAGAAGAUAUGGUUUCUGCCUUCUGGGAGCUUACAUUAGAUGUGGUCAGGACCACAUGAUAAAUAUGCAAUUCAUGUUGUGGCUGCUAUUCCUUCAGUCUAAUUUUGCUUUGUCUUUUUUCCCUUACCUGCUGCUGCUGUGGACUAAUUGAUAUUGAGCCCCACUGAAUCAUAGUAGGGUCUUUCUUUGUUCUUUUGAUUGUUAAGUUGGGUACCAAACAAAUCUUGUAACCUGCAGCCUUUCCCCUAGAUUUCUUAGAUCUAGUUUCCCAAGCCCACCUCUUCUAGAUUUAUAUAUGCUGCAAUCAGUCAAUAAUACCAGAGACCAAAGAUUGCCUAUUACCAAAUCCCAAAGUCUGAUUUGGUUGGAAAAGAAUAAGUCAUAGAAAUUGCAAUGGUCACUUUGGCAUCAUUGGUACAGUGUUGAUGUCAUUGAGAGCUACUCCAUACUUGGUAGAGCUGUUCUUAGAUCCUCCCCCCCAUACCAUCCCUCAAUCCUUCACUUUUGGUCAUCAGUAUCAGAAGUACCAGUGUCUGGGAACACUAUCCCAGCAAUACCUGCUACCCCAAGACAGUUGUGUUGAAUUUGUGCCCAGACUAUGAUCCAUGAGCCAUGGCUCCACCAGCAGCCAUCAACUGCUAAUUUGUGCCAUCAGUAUUUUUCAGAUUUAACUAAUUACAUCAGAUUUCAAUUUUUCUGUUGGAGAAGUGAAUCUUAAGUAGUUCUUUGCUGACUGACUUUGCUCUAAGACCCCUAAUGUGAUCUGUGUCUUGUUAAAACAUUCCAGAUUCCAUCCCGUUUCUGAUCCCUCAAUCCAAAUCAAGCAUUCUUAACUCCAUAGGGACAAGAGGCUAUAUGGAAUCUCAGCCCAAGGAAGGUUUUUCAAGGGUCUUUCCUUAAUGACAUAAAAGAGCAAUAGUUAUUACUUUCUUGGAGGAAAAACAAGGGUGCACAAUUUAUUAUGUUAAUUACCAGCAAUAAAAACAGCCCCCCUCCUAUAACUUAGAUCAGGAACAUUAGUAUAUCCAAACUCAUUUCUCUGAACCCUUAGGGAAUGAGAGUCCUGCAUGGACUAAAUCCAAACACUUUGUGUGUUUCGUAGAAUAAAGCUGAAGAAUCUUGGCUAUUUCAGUACUUCUCUUGGCAAACAAAUUUUCUGAUGGUUAUUUUUGUUUGUUUCCUUAUAACACAUAAACUUAUGUAAGUAUAUAUGUGAGGGGAAAGGGGAUCAGAACAUUAACUGUAGCAUGUGUAGGCUGUAUACUUCACCGUUAGACUUUUUUUUUUCUUUUUUUAAAAUAAAAUGCUUGACUGGUUUCAAGCUUCAUUGUGAA